GAGGACUUUGAUCCGUGUGCGGGUAGAAUGGAAGCCUCAUGAAGGCAGGGAAAGCUUCCUUCUGAACUUUGACUUCCCGGUGCCUCGCAGACUGAAGCUGUUGGAUCUGGCUAAGCUUCCCAUCCCAUCCCAUGGAGCUGGAGGGGCAGUGGUGGAAAGGACAGCUGGCUGCUGAUAUUCAUCAGGCACUAAGAUACAAGGAGCUGAAAUUACCCACCUAUAAAGGCCAGUCUCCCCAACUAAAUCUCAGACGGUAUUUUGCAGACCUAAUUGCUAUUGUAAGCAAUCGAUUCACUCUUUGCCCUGCAGCACGACAUCUUGCUGUCUAUUUGCUCGACCUCUUUAUGGAUCGAUAUGACAUUUCCAUCCAGCAGCUGCAUUUAGUUGCACUUUCCUGUUUGCUUCUAGCAAGUAAAUUUGAAGAAAAGGAAGAUAGUGUGCCUAAACUAGAGCAACUGAACAGCCUUGGCUGUAUGACUAACAUGAAUCUAGUAUUAACAAAACAAAAUUUACUACAUAUGGAGCUAUUGUUGUUAGAAACGUUUCAGUGGAACCUCUGCCUUCCAACAGCUGCCCACUUUAUUGAGUAUUAUCUAUCUGAAGCAGUCCAUGAAGCGGAUCUGCAUGAUGGCUGGCCAAUGGUUUGUCUGGAAAAAACCAAGUUAUAUAUGGCAAAGUAUGCUGAUUAUUUUUUGGAAGUGUCAUUGCAAGAUUAUGCCUUUCUAAAUUAUGCACCUUCUCUAGUAGCUGCUGCUUGUGUAGCUUCAUCAAGAAUUAUUCUUCGUCUUUCCCCAACGUGGCCUGCUAGAUUAUAUCGCCUGACGGCCUACUCUUGGGAUUUCCUGGUGCAGUGCAUUGAACGAUUAUUGAUUGCCCAUGAUAAUGAUGUAAAAGAAGCAAACAAACAGAAAGGACAGUCUGGCCCUCAGCAAGGUCAGCUGAGUGUGUUUCAUCCUACAUCCCAAACUACAAGACCAGUCCACAUUCAACAACCUCAGUAUCUCCAUCAAGCACAUCAGAACACACUGCAAUAUCGUCAUACAGUGUCAGAGCAACAGAACUGUCCACAGAUAGUAUCUACCAGCACUCACACCUCAACCUACACAUUACAGACUUGUCCUACUGGCUUACAAACCAGUGUUCAGGGCCUUGGGCACAUGCAGACUGGUGUUGGUAUGUCCUUGGCAAUACCAGUAGAGGUUAAGCCAUGUCUUAGUGUUUCUUAUAACAGAAGUUAUCAAAUAAAUGAACAUUAUCCUUGCGUCACUCCAUGCUUUGAGAGGUGAUGAUUUGUCAAAGUAAGCAUUGAUCCAUACUUGUUCUCAUAUAACUUCCAAGAAUUUAGAAUAAAAAGAAAGAGCUCUAUUCAGAAAGAAAUCAGAGCUGAAUGCUAAUAAGACUUCAAACACUGAACCCACUAAAAUUGAAACUAUCCCUUUCAUUGCAUCAUGUACACAUGGGAAAAGUGAAUUUAUAAUUAUGUAUGUGUCAAAUCUGUUGCAUAUUAUUUCCACAAGAAUCUCUUACAGCAAAAAAUUUCCAAACCCCAAGUGAAGGUCCAAUUAUUUCAAGCAUUUUUCAUUACCAAAAAAGAAAGAAAAAUAAUUUGGACAUUUACUAGUUCAUUAUAAUGGGGUGUUUUAUGAUAAAUGUUAUGCUGAUAUUUAUCUCAAGGAAAACCUCUUUUUUCUGGAUUUGCCAAACAUUUUUUGUAUGAAGGAAAUUUGCAGUAUUACUUUUUGAAGAGGUCAUUUUUGUAUAUUCUGAUGUUUUUGAAUAAUAUACUUGAUUUAUAGAUUAACUUUGACUACAUUCAAAUUCAUUGAGUACUGUGCUGCAGAAUCAGUUUGUGCUAUACAAUAAUACUAAAUUUAUUAGUAGAAAUUAUCCUAUAUAACUUCCUCUUACAAAUAGUAUGUGUAUUUGGAUAUAUCGCUUGAGAUUAAGGGCAAAAUUUGUUUCAGCUUACAAGAUCAUUGUUUUUAAUAUAAAUAUAUAUUUGCCUAAGGUUGAGAUGAAAACACAUACAAGCUCAGGGAAUUUGCACUACUUGGAAAUGCUUAAAUGGAAUGCAGCAUGCUUUUGAGACAUUGAGUAUUGACAACCAGAGGAAUUUAUAAAUGCUUAUAAACUGUAAUUAGGCCAAAAUACUUCCAUGUGUUUUCACAUGAGAUUAUAGGAUCUUAGCACAGGAUGGGUAAAGUGGUUGUACCUGUGGUUCAUUUUUAUAUAUCUAUGUAUAGGUUUUGUAUUAUUGCAAUCCGUGGUUUAUCCCCAGUUUGAUAGUUCAAUUUCCUUUUGUUUUUUUUUUUUUAAAGGGUAGGAGAACAGUUAUAAAAUGCAGAGCCUAAAAAUGUAUUUUUAAGGAAAGGUUCUCAGGUUGUGCCAGAAUGGCAUUUUCCGUUUCACAAGAGACGGAGAUUUAUAACUAACUUUUGGAUCCAAUUAAUAAAUGUUACUUAAGGGUGCUUAUACAAAAUUGCUUUAAUUGCAGCUGGUUUGUAAAGUACCAAGACUAGCUUAUUCUCUGAAAUUCCACUGCCUUGUUAGUCAAUGGAUGAAUCAUUAAUCAUGACCAUGAGCAAUUUGGAGAAUAAGGAGUAUUGGGGAGGGGGGAGUAGUAAGUUAAAGGGGGGAAAAUAAACAUAUUACAAUAACUAUGCGGUUAGCUAUAUAUUAUGUUCUUUGUGGGAGGAGAGGGAGGUAUGGUGAAGGGAGUCUUCCUGGUUUAAAAAUAAGUAAGUUCUUUAAAGAUUUUUUUUUAAGUAGCACUUCAUUAGAAAGGAAUUCACAUGGCUGAUAUUUGACUGCCAUCUUAUAUGCUAAAGUCGAAUGUCAAUAUUAUUGCUAAGAUAUGGGUAUGCAGCAGGAAUCAAAGUAGUUGUGGUAUUACUCUUAAUAAAGAAGGGACUCGACAUAGGAAGGGAAACUCUCCCAGGAAAACCUUCAAUACUUGAUGCUGGUGGUAGUUCUAUAUGUGUGAAUUAUAGUGUUUAUGAGGCCAUUUCCUUUUUUUCCUAAAAGAAUAAAUUGUGCUUACCAUGCUUUAGUCAUCUCAUAGUACUUCAGUUUGAUAGAAACCGACACUCGGGUGAGACUUUUAAAAACUCAGUGUGGAAGUCUUGCUUUCGUAAAGUGCCAUUUUAAAAAUUAUUUUUCCCUCCAAGACAUUGCGUAUUUGUAUUUGCUUAUUUGUAAGUUUUUCUUGCCUUGAGAAAACUUUAAUUACUUGGGGGAAAUUGACAAAAGGGAAACUUUCUGUCAUAUUCACUUUUCACAGUACUGCAACCUUGAGUCAAGUUUUCAGUAUUUUAACUACCUCGAUAUGUAAUGAAUGUAAAAUAUUGGGAAUGAGAUCCCAACUUGAAACAACAGCUGGUGCCUAUGAUAACUUAAUGUCUCCUCAAAUGCUUUUAUUGGUUUAAAUGUCAUUCUUGUUGCAGAAGAGUACUUUUAAAAAAAAAUUAAUAAUUUCUAGUCUUUGUUCAAACAGCCAAUUAAUAAUGGUUUGAUUUUAGGAAGGUAUUAAAAAAUUGGUUAUUAUUGCUGCAUACCCCUUUUUAUUUGGUUAUUUUAAAACUUCAGGUUUCAGUUUAAAAGCAACUCAUUAUUGCUGUUUAUGGUUUUGUUAUUUUGUUUUGUUUAACUUAUUGCUUAGUCUGAAUUUCUACAAGUACAAGACCAUCAAAAACACGUACUGUGAACAGAUUAAUUUUAUAUAUGAGGGCUUUACCAAAGUCCAGUGAAUACACUACUAAAGGUCAGACUACAAACCAAAAUGUAUGUGUUAUAGCAUUAAUUCCAAAUAGUGCUUAUAAUGCAAAAGUCCACAACAAUGGAAUCUAGAUGAGUGCUAUGCACUUGAAAUUUUAAAAUAAAACUAGUUUUGAGUACUAUGGCUUUGGUAUUUGUUUAAAUAUGAGCUCUUGUGUAUUUGUGAUUUCAUUUAACCAUAUUCAACUAUAAGUCGGACUUGUUUACUUAGUUAUAUUCACAAAUAAAAAAAAAAUCAUCCCAGAA